AUGGCUGUUGAUAUUCUUACUUCGUUUCUUCGUGAUGAUACACAUGUAGCAGAAGGUAGUGAAGAUAUUAGUUCGUUUUUUCGUGAUGAUACAAAUGCAACAGAAGGUGAUGAAGAUAUUAGUUCUUUUCUUCUGAAGGAUAUAAAUUUACCAGGAAAUAAUCAAAUAACUCGUCCAAAAGAUCCAAAGGUUAUCCAACAUUUAACUGAAGCAACAAAUACGUCACUUAAUGAUAAAGGAAAUACAAUUUUUCAUCAAGAUACAUCACUGGUGGACAUAAUGAAUAUACUCAAUAUGAAUGAAGAUCAACUUAAAUUAUGUAAUAAAAAAUCAUCAACAGCUACUGCACGUUUAGUAAUAAAAUUUUUGUUUCCACAUCCUGAUUCUAACUUCAGUUAUGUUGAAGCCGAUAAAAUCAUUGUUGAUACAAUCAUCAAAUACACAAAGUUUUCAAAUCCUAAUGAUAAUAAAUCUAAUGCAGAAGUUCGACGAGCAAUUAGUAAUUAUUUUUCGCGUUUAAAUUAUCAAAGAAAAAUAAGAAGAAAUCAUUAA